UGCUAGCUCUAGCUAUUUUGUGCACGUGCACACGUGCCUGGAUGACAAGGCUUGGCGCUCCGUUCCGGAUACUGUGUCCGAGUGGCAACUCAUUGGUAGCCCUGUCCAGUGUCCAUUCAAGCUGGGCGGAAGACAGAAUCUGGGACUUCCGGUGUGCGCAGACGGAUACUACGGAAGAGUGUGAAUGGAACACUGACGUGAACGAGUUGGACGAGCCAAUGUUGUUCCAGUGCGGGGACAAUGGAGUGGUGAGGGGGAUUACGUCAUACUUCAGUCCCAUGAACCGAGACAGGCGCUUUAGCUUCCUCUGCUGCAAGAUCCGAGAUUCCUUUUUGACGUCAUGUGAAUUCGUGGACUUCCUCAACGAUUACGAUGGCGGUUUGAACUUCAUAGCACCACCAGGCCAGGUCAUUAAAGGAGUCUUCAGUCUCCAUGACAACGAAAUGGAAGAUCGGAUCUGGAGGGUUGAAGUGUGUGAAGUUCGGAAAGAGAUUCCGGCGGUACCAUCAAUCUCGGACUCAUCGGCGGCCAGUACCCCCAGCCAAUCAGGAGGUUCCUUGGAUUUGCAAGCAAAUGAAAUCCUUUCUAACUUCCCCCCGCCAUCAGCGCUACCCCAGAACGGAGCAUCCCCUGCAGGAACGACCAAUCAAAUACAGCCGGUUUCGGGAACAACCAAUCAAGUGCAACAGGUUUCGGGAACAGCCAAUCAAAUGCAGUCCAAUCAGGCUAACUUUCAGAAUGCAGCGACAUCUAGUAGUCAAAUGAACUCGGUAAUUGGAGGUAACUCUAAUCAGAACGCUGUUCAAGGCAACAGAAUGCAAUCUACAUUCCAACAGCAACGGUCGCCUCAAGGUCAAGGCAAUCGUCUGAACCAACAAACGCAGAGGAAUGGGAUGGUCACUGGUCUGAACCCAAACCAGAAUCGGUUUAUGCCAAAUCAACAGCUGAUGGCAAUGGGUCGGUUUCCUGGCAUUCAACCAAACCUAAACGGCAUGUUUUUCAGCGGUUGACAUAACUAUGUAAUUUCCUGAGGUAGAAAUACACAUUAAAUGUGAACACACUGUG